UUGACGUAAUUAGUUAUUACUAAUCUGUACCCUGUAGUAUAAUUUCUGAAAUUGCGUGAUUUUUGCUGGAUAAUUGUUUCAUAUAAAAAUACUCCCUAAAAACACAAUUCAUACGAAAUGGCAUUAAGAACUACGGCUGUACUUCGCAGCAGCUUAAGCAAGUGGGCUUAUAAUCUUUCAGGAUUUAAUAAAUACGGCCUACAGCGUGAUGACUGUUUGUAUGAGAAUGAAGAUGUCCAGGAAGCUUUACGCCGUCUUCCUGCUCAUGUGGUAGAUGAGCGUAACUUCCGGAUGGUGCGCGCCAUGCAGUUAUCCAUGCAAAAGACCAUUCUGCCUAAAGAGGAGUGGACCAAAUAUGAAGAGGACAAACUUUACCUCACACCAAUUGUUGAACAAGUCAAGAAGGAAAGAUUAGAGCGUGAAGCAUGGGAGAAGGAAUAUUAGGUUCCUAGUGUUAUGUUAAUAUUAUUAUCAUUAUUUAAUAAACCUAGCCUUUAUUCAA